UCUCUCUGUCUCAAUAUCUCUCUCUUCUUCCAUAUCCAUAUAUACACAAUUAUGUCUAUACACAACACACACAUGCAGCUUUCUUUAUUCCAUUAGAUCUGAAAAAGACUACUUACCCAACUUCACAUAAAUCCUUUUACAAAAACUUCUCAUUCACUCACCCUCUUUCAUUACAAUCACAUGUACAACAAAACCUUCCAUUUCUCUUCAUCAUCUCCAUCCAUGCAUGAAACCAUUCAAUUUGUAAGCAUCUCUAACUCAUCAAAACCAAACUCAAAAUAAAAACAAAAACAAAAAUUACUUUUUCCCACCCCAUAAGGCUAAAGUUCCUUAUUUUACUCAAACCCAUCACAUUUUUUUUCAUUCACCUCUCUCAAAAAAAAUAAACUAUGUCACAAAAUGAAACACAAACCUCAAAAUCUCCAAAAGAAAAAAACAAUAACCAGCAAGGUUCUGUUGGUAAGAAAACAUCUUCAUCAUCUUCUACCUCAACAACAAAACCACCAGAACAAAACAUGAAGUGUCCAAGAUGUGACUCACCCAACACAAAAUUCUGCUACUACAACAACUAUAGCUUAACACAACCAAGACAUUUCUGCAAAACAUGUAGAAGAUAUUGGACAAAAGGUGGAGCUUUACGCAACGUUCCAAUCGGUGGUGGAUGUAGAAAAAACAAGAAAAUGAAAUCAUCAUCAUCAAGACUCUCUUGUGAUUCAAAAGACUCAGCUUCUUCUUCUUCAGAGCUUGUUGGUGGCUUGAAAUUUCUUCAUUCUCUUUCUUCUCCUUCCAUGGAUUUUCAUCUUGGUAGUGGUUUAUCUUUUCCAAGACUUCAACUUCAUAAUCACCCUCAAAUUUCUACUACUCCUAUGUAUAACCAGUUUUCAUCUUUUGGAGAAACUUCUUCUGCUAUGAAUAAUAACUAUCAUGCUUCUUCAAAUUCUGCUGCUGCUAUGAACUAUCCUUUUUCAUCAGGUAAUUAUAAUGGUGCAAUACAAGGUAUGAGUUCAAUGAAUAUUAAUCAUAGCAAUAAUAAUAUUGCUUCUUCUAUUGAAUCAUUGAGUUCUAUGAACCAAGACUUGCACUGGAAGCUACAGCAACAAAGAUUAUCUAUGCUUUUUGGUGGUGGAGAAAAUCAGAAAGAUACAGAAAAGCCACUACAACCCAUUUUGUUUCAGAAUCUUGAGGUUGCAAAGCAAGAUGAUAGAGCUUUUUCUGUUGGAAAUUCAAGAACAAAUGGUGGAGAUACAGCAACUGAGUGGUUUUUUGGGAAUUCUUAUGGUUCAGCUGCUGCUACACCAACUGCAAGUGGUGGAGCUGGACAUGAUAGUGGAAGCAACUGGAAUGGUGGUGGUGUUCAUGGUUGGAAUGAUGUGCAACAGCAAUAUAGUGCUUUGCCCUAGUUUGAGGGAGGAUCAAGAUUCAAGGUAGAUCUUUUUCUAGAAACUUAGGAAUUAAGAAAUUAAUUAAUAGGUAUAUGUUAGUUAUAAUUAAAUUAUGUAUUGGUGUUUACAUUGGCUUUAAAAAGAACACAUAUAUGUAAUGUAACAGAUGGGAAAAUUAAGACCAUAUCAAUGUUUUGUCAUAUAACUUAAUUAUUAUCAUUCUCCUUUGUU